AUGGCGCGUACCAAACAAACUGCUAGGAAGUCUACCGGUGGUAAGGCACCGAGGAAACAACUUGCUACAAAAGCAGCAAGGAAAAGUGCUCCUGCUACUGGUGGAGUAAAGAAGCCUCAUCGUUAUCGUCCUGGUACUGUUGCGCUUCGGGAAAUCAGGCGAUACCAGAAGAGUACUGAGUUGCUCAUCCGCAAGUUGCCCUUCCAGCGUUUGGUUCGUGAGAUCGCACAAGACUUCAAAACCGACCUGCGUUUCCAGGGCUCAGCUGUGAUGGCCUUGCAGGAAGCCAGUGAAGCUUACUUGGUUAGCUUGUUUGAAGAUACUAAUCUGUGCGCCAUUCACGCCAAGCGCGGCAAGGUUAAGGGGAAGAGCAAGACCCGCAGCAACCGUGCGGGGCUUCAAUUCCCUGUUGGACGCAUCCAUAGGCUUUUGAGGAAAGGAAAUUACGCCGAACGCGUUGGUGCAGGAGCUCCAGUUUAUCUUGCAGCUGUUAUGGAGUACUUGGCAGCUGAGGUACUGGAAUUGGCUGGUAACGCUGCCAGAGACAACAAAAAAACCCGCAUCAUUCCAAGACAUCUUCAAUUGGCUAUCCGCAAUGACGAGGAAUUGAACAAGCUGCUUUGUGGGGUCACAAUUGCCCAAGGUGGUGUUCUGCCAAACAUACAGGCAGUCCUUUUGCCAAAGAAGACUGAGAAGCAGAAGUGA